AGGCAGUGAGAGAGCAGAGGGAGCAGAGAGGAGAGGAGAGAGAAAAAACAGACGGUGGGGAUGUGUGUGUGUGUGCGGUGAACGGUGCUGCAGGUACAGUCAGAGCCGGAUACAGGUCUUACAGCCGCACCGGACCGCGGCAGAACCGCCUCAGAGCCUGCCUCUCUCCUCCUCAUCCCCUCAUAACGACCCUCCGCGAUGUCGGGCGGAGGAGAGGUACGCGUCCUCCGCCAAGAGCCCGGGCAAGAGAGCCCGAGGAUGCCGGCCUGGAAGAGAGAGAUCUUGGAGAGGAGGAAGGCGAAGGGCGGCGGGUCUGGAGGAGCCGGUUCAGCGGAGACGAGCCCCGGCGGUGCGGGGUCGCAGCGGGUUAACGGAGAGCUGACGGGAAAUGUGAACGGCAGCAGCGGCGGCAGCAGCAGCAGCGGCGGCGGACCCAAGAGAGACAGCGGACCGAGCGGCGGGUCCGGGCGGAGCUACACCAUCACCACAGCCAGUCAACACUUCGCGAACAACAAAGAGCCACGGCCGAUGGACGCGGAGAGGACGGCACCGAGGGAGGGCGACGGACAGGAGAGCCUGGUGCUGCAGGAAAGCCUGGGCCCGCUGGAGGAGAACCCCUUUAUCAAGCUGGAGAAGGAGCGGAGGAGGCGACAGGACCGAGAAAACGCCGCUCGUCCGGUCCAGCACAUCCUGGAGCUGUAUGGCAGUGUACCCGGCAUACGGACUAUCCGCGCGGAGAAUAUUAUCAUAAUUGAGUCGGAUCCGGAUUAUUUCCCGGAAGCUGGAGGGCUCAAAAGCGGGUCCAAAUGGCAGCAGAACGGUGUCAGUAGUUACAGCUCUCUGAACGACCUCCUGGACCGGAGAGGGAGUGCUGUUACCGAGAUAAGAGCCAAGGAAGUGGUAAUUUAUGACACCACGUUAAGCAAGAGUGAGGAGAACUUGAGCACCCUGGGCCGCCCUGAUCAUGAGGCCCCAUCAUAUGAGACAGGUGAGGGUCAGGGCAGGGUGAGCCGGAUGCUGCAGAAGUUUGACAGCAACUACGGGAAGCUGCAGAAGAAGUCCCACAGCACAGAGAACCUGCUGGACCUGGACUGUAGUGCCAGCAGCAGGCCACGACUCUGGUCCAAGCCACAGCCAGAUCUGGUGCCAAAGGCCAGGCCGGGCCCAUCGGUCAGCAGCCCGGGCAGCAGCCAGCCAUCGUCGCCUGUCUUCCAGGGCCCCUUGUCUUCCAAACCAAAGUCGCAGCCUGCUGUCUCUGAGGUGGGCAGCCCCCAGCGCCUUGCCGGGCCCCCUCAGCCUGUGUCUUCCUUCCGUCAGCGGUUUGAGGAGAGCGGAGGCCGUGGUGCAGAUGAGCCAGACAGGGGGCAAACCAAGCCCGUCCGAGAGAGAGACUGGGAGGGCUCUGAGGUGCCACCCAAACCCAAGGUGCCAUGCUCUCCAGAGACCCGUCGUGUCCGUGCCGAGUCCCCCUCAAGCCCCAUCUCAUUCAAGGUGUCGCGCUCCUCAUCCGACUUCGAGAUCCGUCCCUCUCCAAAGCCAGACCUCACCCGAAUUCCUGACUCGGACACCCAGGCACGGGCCCUUGCAAACCUGCGCCUGCAGUCCCGCAACUCCUUCACAGUGAUCCCCAAGCGGCGUGUUGGUGCCUCCUCUGGAACAGGCAGCCCAACACCAUCCAGCCCAGUCAGGUCUUCCCCUUCCCACAGAGUGGCAGAGGUGCCCACUCCAGGAGUGCCAACCUCCCACCCCCCUACGCCCACCUUGACAAAGAGAAUUGAGGAGAAGGAGGUCGAGAGGCCGGUGAGGCAAUCCAAGCCUGAACCACCUCCUUCUGUUGCCACAACUCCAGCGCCUCCGACGACCUCAGAACCCUCGUCUCCACCUCCAGCUCCCUCCUCUCCACCUGCUCUGUCUUCACCCCCCUCUUCUCCGGCUGUCCCAUCUUCACCCUCCUUCUCUCCAGUUCCCUCCGACUCUCCAGCCCCGUCUCCUGUCCCUUCCACCCCCUCCCCAGCUCCAGAGCAACCUCCCGUGGAUCAGCUGCCAGUAACAAACAUAGAUGACAUUGAGGUGGAGCCUCAGCAGCGUGUCCCUGCUCCCAGCCCUGUGGCGGGGAGGAGGAAGGGGAACACCUUCACUGUGGUCCCCAAACGUAGGGUGGAGCCCGAGGGCCAGCCGAGCUCACCUGAGCCUCAGCAGGAAGCCCCAAGUGAGGCUCCACCGGGGUCCACGCCGCCACAGGCCCCGUACGCUCAGCUGGGCUCCCUGCUGAAGAAACGGUACCCAGCUGUGGAGGAGAUCGAGGUCAUCGGUGGGUACCUGUCCCUCGCUAAGUCCUGCCUCUCCAAGUCGGGCUCCAUGGGGAAGAAGCUCAAGAUCUCAUUCAACGAGUCCAGCCUCCACAGUACAUACGAGUAUCCGUCAGAGAGCAGCGUGUGGGACAGCGGGGAGGAGGAUGAGGAGGAGAAACAAGACAGGAAGGUGGCGGACGAACAGCCAAGCAUGGUGGGACGCAUCCACAUCCCUCGACCCAGUUUCAACAGCUCGCCCACACACACGACCAACAGUAACGACCUUUCCAGCUACAUUCCCAAGCACUCUGUGGACUUCAGCGCCUGGCAAGAGCACAAACACGAUGAGAGCGUUUACCAGGAGGACACCACUUCCCAGCAGACACAGAUGACAGAGGAAGUUAUGCUCACACCGGCAGACAGCUCCUCCCUGUCUGACUACAGCAGCGAGCCCGCUCUUUACUUCUGACCCGUCGGACCAAUCAGCUGCACAGUAGCAUCACACCUGUGGGACCAGCCUGCAGCCGGAGCCCAGCGCGGUCCGUCACACCUGGGCCUCAACUGCCUCCAGCUCUACACUCCAGCCGUCUCUAAGCACAUCUUCCUGAUCACACAGGAAACAUAGUAUUUUGUUUGUGUCUUUGUUUGUGUUUGGGGCUGAUUUCCUGCCACGGAACCACCACACGCCACGUCUUCAACCGCAUAUCAGAGCAGAUCAGCUGGGUGGCGGGGUGUUCGAAUCCCACCUUCCUUCUUUAAUCCAAAAGCAGCUGGACUGUGUUUCCCUGACGAUUUUGGGACAGUUGAUCUGUCAGCCUCCCUCCUCAUCCUCAUAUCAAUUGUCAGAAUCUAGACAGACGUCUGCCUUCCUCUCCAGACUCUGCUAGACGUCCGCUGGCGUCACAUCCCUCCUGUGAUUCUCUGCUUCCAACGUCUUGGACAUUUCAGGUUUUUGGGAGACAAGCGAAGGAAAGCGAGUGACCAAACUCCUUAAAACGAACAGGAAGCCGCCAGUGCCCACGUGUAGGUAACGCCACGGUGACAGAGUUCAGUGUUAGCAUGGAAACGUGUCAUGAGGACGCGUCUGCUUGUGUAAAUCGCCGGCACAGUCAAACACACAGAAACAAAAAAAAAAAAAGGUGAAAGGGUGCCACAAUUGUAGUUUUUUGUCUUUUUUUUGUUUUUGUAUGCAUGUUUUGAUUUCGGCCAACAGCUCGGUUGGUUCCUUUACUGUAAAGCUUCUGUAUGCCUUUUAGUUUUUGUACGUUUUCUGGCAAACUAUGCUGUACGGAAGCUGCUGGACGUUCAAGUAGAGGCGAGCAAACUUCAACACACUUCCCUUUCUUUGUGACAAGGGAGGGAACAUAUGCACCCCAGGGACGAUGUCUGUCAGUCAGCAGCGAGAUUUCUGAUCACACGCUUGAAAAAAGUGACCUUGGCCAAUAAUGUCUGUACGUCCGUAUUGCUGGUGACAAACAGGAACCAUCAUACUGUAGAAUGUUUCUGUAUAUUCCCUAUCAAGGUAUCUGUGUCACGUUUAUGAGAAGCUGUUAGACCUCCCUGACACCUUUUUUUCGUGUAUUUAUUCCUGCUUAAAGUUGAAGUUUGCAUGUCUGAGACCUGCUCAUGUACAAAAAAUAACAUUUUUGUAAAGACAAAUUUGCUGGCGUGGGGUGCACACAGCCCUGCCCGACCUUUUUUUUUUCUUUUGUCGUCGUCGUUGUUUUCCAGUCGGACCUCAUGUACUUUCACAUUCCACAGAGAAGGAAGCCGGUCCAUCGGCCGUGACGAAGGCAACAACGAUUAUGAUCAUCCAUAAAAUGGCGUGUUUGUGAGAGCGAAUGCAAGAUUGUGCGUGCGUGUGAAGGAAUAUGUUGUGAUUUUUUUAAUUCAUUUUGUUUUAUAUACAAGGAUGCACCAAGUUUCCAGAUGAUUCCUUUUUUUUUUUUUUUAAACUCAUAAUGCCAAGUGAUUAAAGUGUUGCUGUAACAGC